AUGCUUGACUGGCAAGAUUUUGAUGCAGUCUUCCAAGCGAAGACGGACUACUCCUACGACAACAGAACUGUUGAGACCAUUAUAAAACACCGAAAAGAGUUUGGUGAUCAGUUGUUCUUCGAUCGUAUCUGGAAGUUGAUCGGCCUCGCAAGACCUGCAAGGACUAACUAUCCUCCACGGUCGAAUGCGGAUCUACGCAGCCUGUGGUCGAAGAUAGGCCAAUCGACUGCGCCAGACGAGCAGAAACUCGCCCUUCUCUACUAUUUGCUACGGGACUGUCGGCAACUUCCCAAUGCAGAGGCCAACUUCGCCCGUCGAACGCAUCUUCCUCCCAGAUGGCAGCUACUUGUGGCAGGCCUGUGGGAACUCGACCAUGCGCAGUUUUCGCGAGCCCUAGAACACCUGACAGACCCUUCUCUCACGCCCACCUUUACGGAUGAAAUCCUCCAUGCUCUCCUUCAACACCCACGGUGCGACCCUGCCCUCGCAACUGCAUACUUCGUGUCGGUAGCUCCUCCGCUGGCGGAUAAGAAAACAAUGGACACAUACUUUGACCUAGUCAUGAGCAACAACCUGGUGGAGGCUUAUUAUUUUGCGCAAAAACAACAGCAGUCCAGGCACAAAGUGCUGUUCGAGAGACUAGUGGUAUCGAUACACCAAGAAAAGCCUUCGCAUUCGCGUGCCGAAAAGGCAGCCCUCCUUGUCGGGCUCCCACUGACAGCUCAAGAGGAUUCGUGGCUGGAGGAAUGCUUGCUGCAUGGAGCAGCAUCGAAUUUGCCUGGUGCGAAGGACUCUCUGAUGGCACGAAGCAUCGCUGUAGGAAGAUCCAUGGGUGACAAGAGCCCUCUGAAUAGACUGAAAGGGGAUAGCGUCGCUGGGGUCAAUUGGGACACUGUGAGAGCGGGGAUCACCGGAGCUGUGCCGCAUUGA